AUGGACAAAGUGAGGAGGAUCCUGGUUCAUGUUUGUAAAGACCGAGCGGCCCCUCAGAGGGCCCAGUUUGUUCAGGUCAGUCAGGUGGCUCCUCUGACCUGUUAAAGGACGAGUUCACAGUUUUAAACCUUCCUGUUCGGGUCGGGCAUCGAUGGGAACCGGGACCAACCCAUUCUGCCCGAACCAUUCAAAAAUGGAUUACAAGUUUUAAUGCCGGAGUCUGCCGACCGGGAGAAAUAGCCGCUAAAUAUGUGUGUGUGUGUUUGUGUGCGUGCGCAUUGCAACACACAGCGGUGUAAAGUUUGGCUAAACUUGAGCAGGAAGAAAUUAACUGUCAUCUCAGUGAAACAUUUGCGUUACAGUAAUUUUGUUUAGAGGACGAACAACCAACAUGAUGAAACAACUCCAGAUUCAUGGAGUAGAAAUAACCAAGGGCCCCGUCCAGGGCUCCACAGUGCGACCGUUUCACUCACAUAUGCGACUAAAAAUAGAUGUGUGUGAAUUGUAAAAUUUAUUUAGGGUCACGUGUGCUCAUAAAUACAUCAACAAAUGUUUUUUUUUCCUGUAAAUACAGCAGUGAAGUCAGUUUUAGGUUGGAUAUUUGAUGGACAUUCACUGAGGAUCUACCGGUGUCUUCUCACUCUCCAUAACCGGGAAUAACAACGGCAGCGCAGUUAAAUCUACUCUGCACCCUCACUGUCAAUGUCAGGUGUUGAAUAAGGGACCAUCAACAAAUUACCGGUUGAUGUUCUCUUCAAUAGCUUCUAUGUCAUGUGACCAAAAUCUAAAAUUGAUUUCAAAUAAUAGUACUAAGGUUGGACAAUAAGACAAACAUUAUUUGAUCAAUUUUCAUUGUUCCCCUAAAGUUCUUUGUGUGUUCCUUUCUUUUUCAACUGAGGAGAACAUGUGAAAACGUUAGAGUCAAGCCCUGUCCCCGUCUGUGAUGAGCUGCGCUGGUCUUCUUCUAACCAGUCAGAACCAGAUCAGUAAAACAAUGAAUGAUGUCUGUCUUCUUUAAACACUGAAGCGGUAAACAAAUCGUACUGUAUAUGGUUUAUCACAUUAUUAUUAGAUUAGCCCCAUGUCCUUUUUCAUAGACAAACGACCUGACAACAGAUUAAGAAUUAUAUUAAUAACAACAACUUUAUUUUUACAUCACUUUUAAAAACAGAAGUUUACAAAGUGCUUUGACAAACAGUUGCAAAGCACACAACAUCAGCACAUGGAAAUAAAAACAAAUAAAAAACAAAAGCUUAGUUAAAAACCUCUGAAUUGAAGAACAAUUUCAUUUGUCAUAAGAAACCUAGACAAUACAAGAACCCUACAACAUAAAAUGAGACCAUGAGGACCAAAAUAAAAACAUAAAAUAGGUAAGAAAAAGAAAUGUAAUAAAAAAGGGGGUAGAAAGCAGGAAACAGGAUAGUAAAUAUAAAAAGACGAUAUUAAUAAUGAUAAUACAAUAAUAAUGAUGGUAAUAGUAAUGCUAAAAUGGCAUAAAAAAUGAGCAGGAAAAAACAAUAAAAUCAAUAAAAGGCCUAAAAGGUUAAAUAAGAAAAGAUUAUAAGUAAAACAAAGGCUAAAAGGACAGCAAGUCAAAAUAAGAUAAAAGACGGCAUCACAUAAAAGUCUGAAAAAGUGAGUUUUUAAAUUUGACUUAAAAGAAGCGACUGUCUCUGCUGUACGCCUGAUCUCCUCUGGCAGGUCAUUCCAAAGUCGAGGAGCUCUGAUGGAGUAAGAUCUAUCAACUUCAGUUUUGAGCCUCGACUUUGGAAUGACCAGGAGGCCUUCGCCAGAGGAUCUGAGGCUGCAAGUUAGCUCACAUGGUAUUAAAAGCUCUGAAAUGUAGCUCGGAGCAAGUCCUUUGAGAGCUGUAAAAGAAAUCAAUAAAAUCUUAAAAUCAAUUCUAAAACUGACAGGAAGCCAGUGAAGAUUGAUCUUUAUUUACUGGUUAAAAAUAUUGAUAUUGAUUGACGCCGAUCGCUGACCCAUGCCACGGUCAAAGAAAAUGUGCUCUUCCCCAAUCAGCAACACCUGUCACUGGUUUCCUCUCCACAUAUAACUGUCAGCUCCUCUUACAACAGAAGUUACCAAAAUAAACGAGAGAACAACAAAAACAAAUAUUUAAUCUGACUCCUACAACAAUCAUAAAAACUCACCGGGGCCGACACGAAUAUAUAACGUGAAACUACGAAAUAUUCGGAGGCGAAUUUUGACGUGUCUGACUAUACACAUCAAGCCCAAUGCGAUUUUGCAACUUUCCAGGGGGGAAAAGACACAUCCCGGGGGGGAAAAGACGCAUCCUGGGGAAGACUUUUCCUGGGGAAAGUCCCGCCCCCUUCGCCUCUGGUUGGCUGGAAAAGCUGGAAAUGUCAUCACACGCUCAAGCCAAACGGUCAGCUCUUAUAGCCAAUCAGAGGCGAAGGAGGGCGGGACCUUUUUGAGAUGGCUUUCUGUCAUGAUAGCAUGUACUGAUUAGGGGCCAGUACUAGAUAAGCACAUAAAACUAUGGUAACAACUGUUAGCUUACGUUAGCACAGAUGAAAGUUAAAACAAAGACGUUUAGCAAACUGUUAAAGCACACAAAACUUCGUCAUAUGAGAUAUCUGACGUUAUGACUCUCCACAAGUUGUCCUUCAGGUCGUUAUCUUUGUAACGUUUGUGUCUUUUAUCAAAAAGCACUCUGUUCUCCAACACGUAAACAAUCAGUCGGUCGGCCAUGUUGGAUAUACCGGUGCAUCUGACGUUGCAACAACACGCAAUCUGAUUGGUCAGAAGUGGACACACAGUAUGCGAAACUUUAGGAAAAUUGACCGUGAUCCGAAAAAAUAAAUGCAGCAAUAUCACAGGACGGGAAAAUGUUGCUGAUGUGAACGCUUGUAUUGACAGGAUACAGGUUCGAAAAAAAAUUUUGACGUCCGAAAUAAUCGUUCGAAAAGAACGCUCCCGGUGUGAAAGGACCUUGAUAAGUAUAAUUUGAGACAUUCCUUCCAAACACAACUCUGGUCAGCGCUCUCAUUUAAACCUUUUUACCAUCCUGCCUUUUAAAAAUAUCGUGCAGAACUGGAAUCAGAAACAGAAUCAGAACCAGAAUCAUUCAAAUUCACCCAACUUCCUGUCCAGGUGUUGAAGCUGGAGUCAGCUGGUCUCCUGAGACUCCUCCUCCUUUGUUUCAGAGUCUAACGGGACACUUUGGUGACUUUGGGGAGGAUCAAGUGGAGGUAAACUUCUCACUGGAGAACAACCAGUUCAUCCUGUCCAGAGGAGAAAGGGGGCAGGGCGUUUCUCUGAAGGUCCGGACCGUAAAACCGAACAAAGUCCAGAAUCUUCAGAACUCUAAGGUUCUCUUUUUACAACCGUCCUGUCAUUCCUCUCUCCCAGAGACCUGCCUUCUGCCCCAUUAAACACCUAUCAGUCACUGAUGCAGCUGCUCUCCCAUUGGACAUCCAGCAGCGUGGUGUAGAUGUGGGCGUGGCCAUCCUCUUGCAGACGACCAAUCAGAGAGUGUUACUUACACGGCGAGCCAGGGAGCUGCGGGUAUUUCCCAACGUCUGGGUUCCUCCAGGUCAGAGACUCUGAUGUCUGUUAGGUAGAGCAGCAGGGCAUUGCGGGAAAUGUAGGACAGAGUGUGUGUGGAUCCGUUUUCAUGGUUUGACCCUCUUUGUUCUCUCUGGUCUGGGUUUCAGGAGGUCACGUUGAGCCUGAUGAGACGGUGAGUUUCUACAUCCUGAAUGAUCUGACCUCUGAGCUCAGGGUCUUCUGACAUGGUGUCCUUUGGGGGGGGGGGGUGCAGCUGCUGGAUGCAGGUCUAAGGGAGCUGAAGGAAGAAACCGGACUGAAACUGGAUCCAGAAGAGGUUUCUCCAAAAGUCCUUGGACUCUGGGAGGUGAGAUAGGGGUUUCUGUCAGGUCUUCAUCAGGUCUCCAUUGGGUCUCUGUCAGGUCUUCAUCAGGUGUCUUUCAGGUCUCCAUCAGGUCUCCAUUAGAUCUCCAUCAGGUCUAAUGGCAGACAACUCGCUUAUGCACUGAACACCAUUCAAUGGAAACACCCGCAAAUCGCAAUUGUACUUUGUCGAAAUUUGAUAAACAUCGCUUUUAUUUUGCGAAAAAAUGUAAAAUGGAAUGUAAUGUAAUGGAAACGCAGCUCUUCAACAGGUGUCUGCCAGGUCUUCAUCAGGUUUCUGUCAGGUCUCCAUCAGGUCUUUGUCAGAUCUCCAUCAGUUCUCAGUCAGGUCUUCAUCAGGUCCAUGUCAGGUUUCGAUCAGGCCUUAUAAGGUCUCUGUCAGGUCUUCAUCAGGUCUCUUUCAGGUCUUCAUCAGGUCUCUGUCAGGUCUUCAUCAGGUCUUUAUCAGGUCUCUGUCAGGUCUUCAUCAGGUCACUGUCAGGACUUCAUCAGGUCCUUGUCAUGUCUUCAUCUUGUCUUAAUCAGGUCUAUGUCAGGUCUCUGUCAGGUCUUCAUCAGGUUUCUGUCAGGUCUCCAUCAGGUCUUCGUCAGAUCUCCAUCAGUUCUCACUCAGGUCUUCAUCAGGUGUCAGUCCGGUCUUCAUCAGGUCUAUGUCAGGUCUUCAUCUUGUCUUAAUCAUGUCUAUGUCAGGUAUUCAUCAGGUUUCAUUCAGGUCUCCAUCAGGUCUUUGUCAGAUCUCCAUCAGUUCUCACUCAGGUCUUCAUCAGGUCUUCAUCAGGUGUCAGUCCGGUCUUCAUCAGGUCUAUGUCAGGUUUUCAUUAGGUCUUCAUAAGGUCUCUGUCAGGUCUUCAUCAGGUCUCUUUCAGGUUUUUAUCAGGCCUCUGUCAGGUCUUUAUCAGUUCUUUGUCAGGUUUCCAUCAGGUCUUUAUCAGUUCUUCAUCAGGUCUCUGUAGGUCUCCAUUAGAUCUACAUCAUGACUUCAUCAGGUUUAUUAGAUCUCCUUUAGGUCUCAGUCAGGUCUUCAUCAGGUCUCGGUCAGGUCUCUGUCAGGUCUCCUUCAGGUCUUCAUCAGAUCUCUGUCAGGUUUUCAUCAGGUCUUGAUCAGGCUUUCAUCAGGUCUCUAUCAGGUCUUCAUCAGUUUUCAGUCAGGUCUUUGUCAGUUUUCAAUCAGGUCUCUAUCGGGUCUCUGUCAGGUCUUCAUCAGGUCUCUGUCAGGUCUUCAUUAGGUCUCUUUCAGGUCUCCAUUAGAUCUCCAUCAGGUCUCAGUCAAGUCUUAAUCAGGUCUUUAUAAGGUCUCUGUCAGGUCUUCAUUAGGUCUCAUUCUGGUCUUCAUCAGGCCUCUGUCAGGUCUUUAUCAGUUCUUUGUCAGGUCUCCAUCAGGUCUUUGUCAGUUCUUCAUCAGGUCUCUGUCAGGUCUUCAUCAGGUCUCUGACAGGUCUUCAUCAGGUCUUCAUAAGGUGUCACUCAGGUCUUCAUCAGGUCUCUGUCAGGUUUUCAUCAGGUCUACAUCAGGUCUCUGUCAGGUCUUCAUCAGGCCUCACUCAGGUAUUUAAAAGGUCUUCAUCAGGUCUCUCUCAGGUGUUCUUCAGGUCUUCAUCAGGUCUCUGUCAGGUCCUCACCAGGUCUUUGUCAGGACUUCAUCAGGUCUUCAUCAGGUCUCUGUCAAGUCUUCAUCAGGUCUUUGUCAGGACUUCAUCAGGUUUUCAUCAGUUCUCUGUCAGGUCUUCAUCAGGUAACUGUCAGGUCUUUAUCAGGUCUUCACCAAGUCUUCAUAAGGUCUCUGUUAGGUCUUCAUCAGGUUUUUAACAGGUCAUCAUCAGGUAUUUAUCAGGUCUCCAUCUGGUCUCUUUCAGGCCUUCAUCAGGUCACUGUCAGGUCUUCAUCAGGUCUCUGUCAGGUCUCCAUCAUGACUCCAUCAGGUCUUUAUCAGGUCUUCAUCAGAUCUUCAUCUUGUCUCUGUCAGGUCUUCAUCAGGUCAUUAUCAGUUCACUGUCAGGUCUUCAUCAGGUCAUUAUCAUUUCACUGUCAGGUCUUCAUCAGGUCAUUAUCAGGUCUCUGUCAGGUCUUCAUCAGGUCUUUUUCAGGACUUCAUCAGGUUUAUCAGGUCUCUGUUAGGUCUUCAUUAGGUCACUGUCAGGUCUUUAUCAGGUCUCCAUUAAGUCUCCGUUAGAUCUCCAUCAGGUCUCAAUCAAGUCUUAAUCAGGUCUUUCAUCAGAUCUCAGAUAGGUCUCAGUCAGGUGUCCUCAAGGUCUCUAUCUGGCCUUCAUAAAGUAUCACUCAGGUCUCUGACAGGUCUUCAUCACGUCUCUAUCAGGUCUUCAUCAGGUCUUACUCAGAUCUUGCACAGGUCUUCAUCAGGUCUCUGUCAGGUCUUUAUCAGUUCUUACACAAAUCUUCAUCAGAUCUCUGUCAGAUCUACAUCAAGUCUCUUUCAGGUCUCUAUCAGGUCUCUGUCAGGUCCUCAUCAGGUCUCUGUUUGGUCUUCAUCAGGUCUUCAUCAGGUCUUUUUCAGGUCUCUGUCCGGUCUUCAUUAGGUCUUCAUCAGGACUUGAUCAGUUCUUUAUUCUGUCUCUGUCUGGUCUUCAUCAGGUCCCUGUCAGGUCUUCAUCAGGUCACUGUCAGGUCUACAUCAGGUCUUUGUCAGGUCUUCAUCAGGUCUCACUCAGGUCUUUAACAGGUCUUCAUCAGGUCUCUUUCAGGCAUCUGUCAUAUCUUCAUCAGGUCUCUGUCAGGUGUUCUUCAGGUCUCCAUCAGGUCUCUUUCAGGCCCUCAUCAGGUCUUUGUCAGGACUUCAUCAGGUCCUCAUCAGGUCUCUGUCAGGUCCUCAUCAGGUCUUCAUCAGGUCUUUGUCAGGACUUCAUCAGGUCUUCAUCAGGUCUCUGUCAGUUCUUUAUCAGGUAACUGUCAGGUCUACUAUAGGUCUCUAUCAGGCCUCAAUCAGAUCUCCAUCAAGUCUCUGUCAGGUCUUCAUCAGGUCUCACUCAGGUCUUAAUCAGGUCUUCAUCAGGUCUCUGUUAGGUCCUCAUCAGGUCUUUGUCAGGUCUUCAUCAGGUCACUGUCAGGUCUUCAUCAGGUCUUCAUCAGGUCUUGUUCAAAUCUUCAUCAGAUCUCUGUCAGAUCUACAUCAAGUCUCUUUCAGGUCCUCAUCAGGUCUCUGUCAGGUCUUCAUCAGGUCUUCUUCAGGACUUGAUCAGUUAUUCAUUCUCUCUCUGUCAGGUCUUAAUCAGGUCUCUGUCAGGUCUUCAUCAGGUCUUUGUCAGGACUUCAUCAGGUCCUCAUCACGUCUCUGUCAGAUCCUCAUCAGGUCUUCAUCAGGUAUUUGUCAGGACUUCAACAGGUCUUCAUCAGGUCUCUGUCAGGUCUUUAUCAGGUAACUGUCAGGUCUACUAUAGGUCUCUAUCAGGCCUCGAUCAGAUCUCCAUCAAGUCUCUGACAGGUCUUCAUUCUGUCUCUGUCAUGUCUUCAUCAGGUCUCACUCGGGUCUUAAACAGGUCUUCAUCAGGUCUCUGUUAGGUGCUCAUCAGGUCUUUGUCAGGUCUUCAUCAGGUCUCUGUCAGGUCUUUUCCUCAGGUCUUUAUCAGGUCUUGUUCAAAUCUUCAUCAGAUCUCUGUCAGAUCUACAUCAAGUCUCUUUCAGGUCUCUUUCAGGUCCUCAUCAGGUCUCUGUUAGGUGUUCAUCAGGUCUUCUUCAGGUCUCUUUCAGGUCUCUGUCAGGUCUUCUUCAGGACUUGAUCAGUUCUUCAUUCUCUCUCUGUCAGAUCUUAAUCACGUCUCUGUCAGGUCUUCAUCAGGUCUCUGUUAGGACUUUAUCAGGUCUUUAUCAGGUCUCUGUCAGGUCUACAUCAGGUCUCUGUCAGGUCUUCAUCAGGUCUUAAACAGGUCUUCAUCAGGUCUCUGUUAGGUGCUCAUCAGGUGUUUGUCAGGUCUUCAUCAGGUCUCUGUCAGGUCUUCAUCAGGUCUUUAUCAGGUCUUGUUCAAAUCUUCAUCAGAUCUCUUUCAGAUCUACAUCAAGUCUCUUUCAGGUCUUUUUCAGGUCCUCAUCAGGUCUCUGUUAGGUCUUCAUCAGGUCUUCUUCAGGUCUCUUUCAGGUCUCUGUCAGGUCUUCAUCAGGUCUUCUUCAGGACUUGAUCACUUCUUCAUUCUCUCUCUGUCAGGUCACUGUCAGGUCUCUGUCAGGUCUUCAUCAGGUCUCUGUUAGGACUUUAUCAGGUCUUUGUCAGGUCUACAUCAGGUCUCUGUCAGGUCUUCAUCAGGUCUCACUCAGGUCUUAAACAGGUCUUCAUCAGGUCUCUGUCAGGUGUUCUUCAGGUCUUCAUCAGGUCUCUGUCAGGUGUUCUUCAGGUCUACAUCAGGUCUCUUUCAGGUCCUCAUCAGGUCUUUGUCAGGACUUCAUCAGGUCUUCAUCAGGUCUCUGUCAGGUCCUCAUCAGGUCUUCACCAGGUCUUUGUCAGGACUUCAUCAGGUUUUCAUCAGUCCCCUAUCAGGUCUUCAUCAGGUCCUCAUCAGGUCUUCAUCAGGUCUUUGUCAGGACUUAAUCAGGUUUUCAUCAGUUCUCUGUCAGGUCUUCAUCAGGUAACUGUCAGGUCUUUAUCAGGUCUCCACCAAAUCUUCAUAAGGUCUCUGUUAGGUCUUCAUCAGGUUUUUAUCAGGUCAUCAUCAGGUAUUUAUCAGGUCUUCAUCAGGUGUCUCUCAGUUCUUCAUCGAGUCAUCAUCAGUUCUCAGUCAGGUCUCCAUCUGGUCUAUUUCAGGCCUUCAUCAGGUCACUGUCAGGUCUUCAUCAGGUCUCUGUCAGGUCUCCAUCAUGACUCCAUCAGGUCUUUAUCAGGUCUUCAUCAGAUCUCCAUCAGUUCUCCGUUAGGUUUUCAUCAGUUGUCAGUCAGGUCUUCAUCAGGUCUUCAUCUUAUCUCUGUCAGGUCUUCAUCAGGUCAUUAUCAGUUCACUGUCAGGUCUUCAUCAGGUCAUUAUCAGUUCACUGUCAGGUCUUCAUCAGGUCAUUAUCAGGUCUUAAACAGGUCUUCAUCAGGUCUCUGUCAGGUGUUCUUCAGGUCUUCAUCAGGUCUCUGUCAGGUGUUCUUCAGGUCUACAUCAGGUCUCUUUCCGGUCCUCAUCAGGUCUUUGUCAGGACUUCAUCAGGUCUUCAUCAGGUCUCUGUCAGGUCCUCAUCAGGUCUUCACCAGGUCUUUGUCAGGACUUCAUCAGGUUUUCAUCAGUCCCCUAUCAGGUCUUCAUCAGGUCCUCAUCAGGUCUUCAUCAGGUCUUUGUCAGGACUUCAUCAGGUUUUCAUCAGUUCUCUGUCAGGUCUUCAUCAGGUAACUGUCAGGUCUUUAUCAGGUCUCCACCAAGUCUUCAUAAGGUCUCUGUUAGGUCUUCAUCAGGUUUUUAUCAGGUCUUCAUCAGGUAUUUAUCAGGUCUUCAUCAGGUGUCUCUCAGUUCUUCAUCGAGUCAUCAUCAGUUCUCAGUCAGGUCUAUUUCAGGCCUUCAUCAGGUCACUGUCAGGUCUUCAUCAGGUCUCUGUCAGGUCUCCAUCAUGACUCCAUCAGGUCUUUAUCAGGUCUUCAUCAGAUCUCCAUCAAUUCUCCGUUAGGUUUUCAUCAGUUGUCAGUCAGGUCUUCAUCAGGUCUUCAUCUUGUCUCUGUCAGGUCUUCAUCAGGUCAUUAUCAGUUCACUGUCAGGUCUUCAUCACGUCAUUAUCAUUUCACUGUCAGGUCUUCAUCAGGUCAUUAUCAGGUCUCUGUCAGGUCUUCACCAGGUCUUCAUCAGGAAUUUGUCAGUUCUCCAUCAGGUCUUCAUCAGAUUUCCUUCAGUUCUUAGUCAUGUCUUCAUUCGGUCUUCAUUAUGUGUCAGUCAGGUCUUCAUCAGGUCUCUGUCAGUUCUCAGUUAGGUCUUCAUCACGUCUUUAUUGGGUCUCCGUCAGGUCUUUAUCCAAUCAUUAUCAUGUCUCUGUCAUGUCUUCAUCAGGUCUUCAUCAGGUUUCUUUCCCGUCUCCAUCAUGUUUUCAUCAGGUCUUCAUCAGAUCUCCAUCAGUUCUCCGUUAGGUCUGUCACACUCUGCUGUGUAUCUCAGGCUGACUCUCACUCACCUCCCUGCCACACCUCCUCAUCAGCACUGAUUCCCCACACCUGUGAAUGACAAGCUGCAGCUCCUCACUGCUGAUUAGCCAGCCAGCAUUUAAGUCACUCUGUGUCCCUCAUUCAGUGCCAGAUUAUCUUCGCAACAUGCACGACUCUCCAGCAUUAUUUCUCGGAUUGACUUCUCGGUUUCGACUCCUGCUUGUCUCUGACCACGUCUUAUCAUCUCAGCCCUUUGAUCCCCUGUCAAGUUUCUUCGCUCCGGUGAGAACUUCAGGUUUCGCUGUGUUGCUGGCUUCCCGACCUACUGCCUGUCCAGGACUAUCCUUCCGUCUGAUCCCUCUGGAAUUAGUCUGCCCUGCUGAUUGUCUGCCUGGAUUCGACAUUGCCUCCGCUUCUACCACGAGCCCAGCCUGCCCCUCAACAGUGCCGCUGCACUUCACAAAGACUCUCAGGUGUAGUGUGUUUUCCGUGUGCACUCACCUUUCUGCAAUAUAAGUAUCUUCUAAACAACUACCUGCCGUUGUGCUGCACUUGGGUCCUACAUCCACACCCCUUUGACAAGGUUUUUAAUCAGGUGUCAGUCAAGUCUUCAUCAGGUCUCUGUCAGGUCUUCAUUAUGUCUCUAUCAGGACUUCAUCAGGUCUGUUUCAGGCCUUCAUCAGGUCACUGUCAGGUCUUCAUCAGGUCUCUGUCAGGUCUCCAUCAUGACUCCACCAGGUCUUUAUCAGGUCUUCAUCAGAUCUCCAUCAGUUCUCUGUUAGGUCUUCAUCAGUUGUCAGUCAGAUCUUCAUCAGGUCCCUGUCAGGUCUUCAUGUCUAUAUCAGGACUUCAUCCGGUCUCUUUCAGGCCUUCAUCAGGUCUCUGUCAGGUCUUCAUCAGGUCUUCAUCAGUUCUCUGUCAGGUCUUCAUUAGAUCUCUUUCAGGACUUCAUCAGGUCUCUGUCAGGUCUUCAUCAGAUCUCCAUCAGUUCUCCGUUAGGUCUUCAUCAGUUGUCAGUCAGGUCUUCAUCAGGUCUCUGUCAGUUAUCUUGAAGACUUAAAAACAGGCAACUGGACUGUGUAGAGUUAAGAAGACGUUUUGCCUCUUAUCCAAGAAGCUUCUUCAGUUCUAAAAGUGCUAGUGUCAGGAGCAGAUAUUUAUCUUACUGGACCCAGAUGAAACCAUGGUUUCCUAUGAUGUCACAUCACUUUUCACAAGUAUUCCAACAACAGAGGCAGUCCAAGCAGUAAGACAACGCCUCUCACAGGACAGCACACUGGAAGUCAGAACCAACUUAACCCCGGACCACAUCUGCUCCUUAUUGGACAUCUGCCUCAGCACCACCUAUUUCCAGUUCAGAGAGCGCCAUUACAGACAGAAACACGGAUGCGCGAUGGGCUCCCCGGUUUCUCCAAUAGUGGCAAACCUGUACAUGGAAGAGGUAGAGAGGAAGGCCCUAACCUCUUUCAAGGGAGCUGCUCCUAGCCACUGGUUCAGAUAUGUGGAUGACACCUGGGUUAAGAUCAAAACACAUGAAGUAGAGGCCUUCACUGACCAUAUCAACACAGUGGACAGCAACAUCAAGUUCACCCGUGAAGAUGUCAAGGACAAAGUGUUGGCCUUUUUGGACUGUGCUGUACACUUGGAGGCAGAUGGGUGUCUCAACGUUGAAGUGUACAGGAAACCAACACACACGGAUCAAUAUCUACUUUUUGAUUCCCACCAUCCUCUGCAGCACAAACUGGGUGUCAUCAGAACACUCAACCACCGGGCCGAGAACAUUCCCACGAAGAAAGAAGGUAAGGAAAAGGAACAAAAGCACAUCAAAAAUGCCCUGACAACCUGUGGAUACCCUAAGUGGGCCUUUGUGAAGAACAGAAAGAGAAAUAACACUGAACAGGAAAGGGAGGAGAGACGCAAGAGCACUGUAAUCCCUUACGUUGCAGGCCUGUCUGAGAAACUCAAGAGGAUCUUUGGCAAACACCACAUUCCAGUUCAUUUCAAGCCUGGUAACACACUAAGGCAGAGGCUAGUCCAUCCCAAGGACAAAACACCGAGACAUAAACAGAGUAAUGUGGUAUAUGCUGUCCAGUGCAGCGAGGAAUGCUCAGACCUGUACAUUGGGGAAACUAAACAACCGCUUCACAAGCGCAUGGCUCAACAGGAGCCAGGAGAGCCACUUCCUCAGGUCAGGACUCAGCUGUCCACCUUCACUUGAAGGAUACAGGUCACUCUUUUGAGGACAGCGAUGUACAGGUGUUGGCUCGAGAAGACAGAUGGUUUGAAAGAGGAGUUAAAGAAGCCAUCUUUACCAGGCUGAAGAAACCUUCUCUGAACAGAGGGGGUGGACUCAGGCACAAUCUCUCUGGCACUUACAAUGCAGUUCUCAGCUCUCUCCCCAGAAAGCUCCACAAACAUUCACACCUGAAACCACAUGACUCAGGUGGCAUGAGUCAUGUGGUCACAUGAUAGGAGUCGCUAACGACCCUUUCAGGAUAACGACUUGGGGGGGACACACCGAGAGAUGGGUUUCUACGACCCAUUCUUUUCAACUCCAGCCAGUCGUUAACUGUCCCCCUUCUCCAGUAAGAUAAAUAUCUGCUCCUGACACUAGCACUUUUAGAACUGAAGAAGCUUCUUGGAUAAGAGGCGAAACGUCUUCUUAACUCUACACAGUCCAGUUGCCUGUUUUUAAGUCUUCAAGAUAACCAUGACCUGGAUGAAUGAGAAUCUACAUGGACGUCUCUGUCAGUUCUUCAAUAGGUCUUCAUCAGGUCGCUGUCAGGUCUUAAUCAGGUCUUCAUAUGGUAUCUGUCAAGUCUUCAUCGGGUCUCUUUCAGGUCUUCAUCAGGUCUUCAUCAAUUCACAGUCAGGUCUCCAUCGGGUCUCUUUUAGUUCUUCAUCAGGUCUCCAUCAGGUCUUCAUCAGGUUUCUUUCAGGUCUCCAUCAUGUUUCCAUUAGAUCUCCAUCAGGUCUCUGCAGGUCUUCAUGAGGUCUUAGUCAGGUCUCUAUAAGGCCUCAAUCAGAUCUCCAUCAGGUCUCCAACAGGUUUUCAUUCAGUUUCUGUCAGGUCUUCAUCAGGGCUCUGUCUGGUCUUCAUCAGGUCUCUGUCAGCUCUUCAUCAGGUCUUUGUCAUGUCUUCAUCAGCACUCUCUCAUUACUUGAUCAGGUAUUCAUUAGGUCACUGUCAGGUCUCUUUCAGAUCUACAUCAGGUCUCUGACAGGUCUUCCUCAGGUCUUUGUCAGGUCUUCCUGAGGUCUCUGUCUGGUCUUCAUCAGGUGUCAGUCAGGUCUUCAUCAGGUUUCUGUCAGGUCUUUGUGAGGUCUCUGUCUUGUCUUCAUCAGGUCUUUGUGAGGUCUCUGUCAGGUCUUCAUCAGAUCUCCAUCAAUUCUCAGUCAGGUCUAUAUCAGGUCUUCAGUCAUGUCUUCAUCAGGUCUUCAUCAGGUCUAUGUCAGGUUUUCAUCAGGAUUUUUUUUCAGGUUUUCAUCAGGUCUCUGUCAGGUUUUCUUCAGGUCUCUGUCAGUUCUUCAUUAGGUCUUCAUCAGGUCUCUGUCCGGUCUUCAUUAGGUCUUCAUCAGGUCUUCAUUAGGUCUCUGUCGGGUUUUCAUCAGGUCUCUGUCAGUUCUUCAUUAGGUCUUCAUCAGGUCUCUGUCCGGUCUUCAUUAGGUCUUCAUCAGGUCUCACCUGCUCACAUCUAGAAACAUGUGUUUAGACUCUGGUCUGAGACUGUGGACCCCCCCUCUUUUGGUGUUUUAUGUCAGGAUCCACUGUUCUGUUUUCUCUGGGUUAGAUCCUGAUUCUUAGUUCUGAAGGAACCUGAUCAGUGAGACUCAGAACCAAAAAUCCAUUUUCAGUUAAAAUCUUUAUUUUAGUGUCACAGAUGAGAGGAGACUGAACACAGAGCAGAGUUUCUUAGUUUAGUAUUCUCUGAUAAAAAGACUUCAAACUGUAUUAUAUAUAAUGUUGGGCUAUAUAAAACAAUAAUUAUAUAUAUCAAAAAUUAAUUUUCCUCAAUAUCAAUAUGAAACAUGAUAAAUACACUUUUCAAUAUGUUGUCAAUGUCACUCUGCCAUGUUUUGGUAGACUAUAUGAAUAGCCAAUGAAAAUGGGAGUUGCUCCAGGUCUGCUUAGUACUGAACCAAAUUAUGUCGAGUACAUGUUUUCACAAAGUCGGGAAUACCUCAAAUCUUAUUCACCAACUGAAGCAGCGUCACGUCGCAGAGCACGCGCAAUGCAAAAGGUUACAAACCUCAAGAGGAGCAAGGAGCGUCAAAGAGACCUCACAGAUGCAGUAACUUGUUGUAUUGGAAAAGACAUGCGACCAAUAAACACUGUUAAAUUUCAUUUUUUAUAUCCUGAUAUAUAUCUAUAUCAACUGAUAUGAAAAAAAUAUAUCGUGAUAAACUUUUUUCCAUAUUGCCUAGCCAUAAUUCAUAGUGUGUGUGUGCAUACAGUUGAGGCCAAGUUUUUUUCCAAAAUUUUCGAAGUGCUGUUCAACAGAUUAAUGAUUUUUUUAUACAGCUUUUCCAAACAUCCUAGUUUUAUUUUAGAUCCUUACAUUAUUUUACUUUGCACACAGAAACAAAAUUAUUUCACAAAAAACAAAAACUACCAGGGUCAAAAUUAUUAGCCCCCUUAAGAAUUGAUGUUUUUAUUGAGCCGAAACAAAAACCACUGUUGUGCAAUCAUGUGCUUUCACUUUCGAGUGCUCACAGCUUGUAAUCAAUCAAUCAAUUAAGUGAAAACAAAGGGUUGUCCUACACUUUACACACUGUAUAAAAACCUUGUUAAGCGUUUGAGCUGUCACUUGAGAAGGCAUCAUGGCAAAUACAAAAUAAUUCAGUUAAGACUUGAGAAAAAGAAUUGUUGAUGCUCACAAAGCAGGAGAAGGAUAUAAAAAUGUAUCAUGGCGUUUCCAAGUAUCAAGAAGUGGAGUGAGAAGUAUCAUCAAGAAAUUCAAGGAGAAUCACACAGCACAGAACAAGUCUGGGAGAGGUAGGAAGCGAAAGAUUUCAAAGAAACUGGAAAGAAAACUGAUGGGAGAUGUGUCGAAACAACCUAGAACAACCACCAAAACAGAAGUUGGUGACUUAGCCAAGUCAGGAAUUAUGAUGUCAAACAAGACAGUCUCUAGAGCCCUGAACAGAAAUGGACUGCGAGGAUGCAGGUCAAGAAAAACUCCACUUCUACAAAAGAGACACCUUCAAGCCAGACUGAGGUAUGCUAAAGACAAUCUGGAGAAAGAUUGUUCAAACCGGAGAUGUGUUCUUUGGACAGAUGAGACCAAACUAGAGCCCUUUAGUCACAGAAACAUUGCUUAUGUUUGGAGAAAGAAGGGAGAGGCGUAUAACCCCAAGAACACUGUCCCCACAGUUAAACACGGUGGUCGGAGCAUCAUGCUGUGGGGAUGUUUCAGUGUAUCUGGAACUGGGAAUCUUGUCAAGGUUGAAGGAAUAAUGAAGAAAGAAGGAUAUGUGAAGAUUUUGAAAGAAAACCUCAAGGAGUCAGCAGCAAAACUGGGUCUGGGUCGUCACUUUGUCUUCCAACAUGACAACGACCCGAAACAUGCAGCACUCCUGGUGAGGAGCUGCCUCCAGGAAACCAAAGUGAACGCUAUUGACUGACCUGUACAAAGCCCUGACUUAAAUCCCAUUGAAAAUCUGUGGGCUGCACUGAAGACCAGGGUCCAUGCUAGUAGACCAUCAAAUCUGGAGGAGGUUGAAAGAUUUGCCAAAGAGGAAUUGGCUGGGAUUCCUCAGGAGAUGUGCCAGAGCCUUGUUACAAACUACAGCAAUCUACUGCAUGCUGUUAUCCAGCAAAAAGGACACACAAUUGACUAUCAGGCUCAGGGGGGCUAAUAUUUUUGACCCUGGUAGUUUUUGGUUUUUGUGAAAUAAUUUUGUUUCUGUGUGCAAAGUAAAAUAAUGUGAGGAUCCAAAAUAAAACUAGAAUGUUUGGAAAAGCUGUUUGAAAAAAUCAAUAAUCUGUUGAACAGAGGUCUUACAGCAGCUUUCAUGAGGAACUUUUUUUCCAAUAAAUGAAAACAUGAAACAGUUUGAAUAAAGGACUAAAGGAAACAAUAGACUGAAGUGGGUCAGCUGGAGUGGGUCAGUUAGUCCUGAUCCAGAGCUGCUCAGCAUGCUCACGCUGGUGUGUGUUGUCAGGUGUGUGUUGUCAGGUGUGAGUCAGUGAAACUCAUCAUACGAAGGUCAUUGUGUUUUUAAAACUUCAGCUGAGAAGCUUGAGUGUUGAUUGGCUGUCUGUGUAGCCAGUCAGUGGGGGCGGUAGGUGGGACAAUGUCACACAGCCAAGAGUGUUGACUUUAGGCAGAGAGGCAGCUGUGGUCAAGCUGAACGCCACGUUUUAAAAUAAACUGAUUUGAUCGUCUAUUGGUCGAAAUAAAGGCAGAUGAUUAUGGUCGUAAAAAUGCAGAAUAUUGAUUAUUGGUCGUUCGUUACUUUUCUGUCUCUCACUUGAACCCUUGGUGUCUGUCUCAGUCCUCCUACCCCCCCAUGCUGUCCAGAGGACUCCCUCAGAGACAUCACAUCGUGGUCUACAUGCUGCUGCUCUCCUCCCUCUCUCACCUGCAGCUUCAGGUACUCGGACCCUCACAUGUGAAUCAAAAAUGAUGUUUGGCGCCACAGCGUGACGGUCUGACUCCUCCCUGCAGGUGUCCCUGAGCCCGUCUCUUGCUGAGGUCAGCGCCUGUUUGUGGGCCGACAGUCAGCUGGUCAGAGCCGUCGUGUCGGCCGUGGACGGGAAGGACUCCGAGGUUCGGUUUGACGACCUGCCCAGCAGCAUCAGGUACUGACACUAAGUAAAACUGACUUAAUGUAUUGGUGGAGCUUGAAAGAUUUGCCAAAGAGGAAUGGGCUGGGAUUCCUCAGGAGAUGUGCCAGAGCCUUGUUACAAACUACAGCAAAUGACUGCAUGCUGUUAUCCAACAAAAAGGACACACAAUUGACUAUCAGGCUCAGGGGGGCUAAUAUUUUUGACCCUGGUAGUUUUUGGUUUUAUGUGAAAUAAUUUUGUUUUGAAAAGCACUAAAGAAAUUUUGGAAAAAAAAUUCAUGGGGGGGGUAAUAAUUUUGGCCUCAUCUGUAUAUCUUCGCACGCAGCAGCCACAGUGUAAAUGAUUAAAGGAGAGUGAACAGGUAAACUCCUGAACCUGAGGCAAAUCAGGGAGUUGGAACAAUGACGGGAAGUUGUCCCAGUGCAAUAAAAGCUUUUAAUUCUGGGUUAGACUCAGUUUAAAAAGUCAGUGAGGACGUGGUGGACCCAGGUAGUUCUGUGAGACCAGAACCACAGGAGUGUCUGUACUGGACUGAACCUAAGAGCAGACCGAGAGAAGGCCCACCGAGACCUCCAUGUGGACAAACUUCCCCUCAGAGCGUCAUCUGACCUUUGACCUCCUGCUCUCAGUGUCUCUCAGGUGUCUGCAGACGGUGCUCUGACCGACUCCUCUCUGCCGAUGAAGGUGUUCGUCAGCCGGGCGCCAUCCAGUGGCCCGGAUGUGGAGCGGGUCAGCACCGGGACCAAGUACGCCCUGGAGCUGUGGCUGAGGAGUCUGAAUACCUUCUGA